CCUGGGGGAACACGCAGUCAAACUGAACGUUGAAUGUGCUGGUGAUGAUUACUGAUGAUAUUUGGGUUUCAGUAUGGAUCCUUUUCCAGUGCUGUGUGAAGAUUGCCUAGUGGUUGCCAUGACCCAGCGGGGCUUCCUGCUGCUCCUCCUUGUGGCCACAGGAUGGCAAAGUGCAGCUGUGGCCUAUACAGAUCCCUCGGAAUGGAACUGUUCGUAUUCUCCAAAUCUGCCCAGAAGCUGCAAGGAAAUCAAACAGGAGUGCCCUAAAUCACGCGAUGGCCUGUAUUUCCUCCGCACUGAGAAUGGGGUCAUCUACCAGACCUUCUGCGACAUGACCUCAGGGGGUGGUGGCUGGACCCUGGUGGCCAGUGUGCAUGAGAACCUCAUGGCUGGGAAGUGUACAUUGGGUGAUCGCUGGUCCAGUCAGCAGGGCAGCAGAGCAGACUACCCAGAGGGGGAUGGCAACUGGGCAAAUUACAACACAUUUGGGUCUGCGGAGGCAGCCACAAAUGAUGACUACAAGAACCCCGGCUACUACGACAUCCAGGCCCAGGACCUGGAAAUCUGGCACGUGCCCAACAAGACGCCCCUGCAGCACUGGAGGAACAGCUCCCUGCUGAGGUACCGCACCAACACUGGCUUCUUCCAGCAUCUGGGACACAAUCUGUUUGGCCUCUACCAGACAUACCCAGUGAAGUACGGCUCGGGGAAGUGUUGGACUGACAACGGCCCAGCGAUUCCUGUGCUCUAUGACUUUGGUGAUGCUGAGAAAACUGCAUCUUAUUACUCACCUCUGGGUCGGAAUGAAUUUGUUGCCGGAUUUGUCCAGUUCAGGGUGUUUAACAAUGAGAGAGCAGCCAACGCGCUGUGUGCUGGGAUGAGAGUUACUGGCUGUAACACUGAAUUACACUGCAUCGGUGGAGGAGGAUUCUUCCCGGAGGGCAAUCCCAGGCAGUGUGGGGAUUUCUCCGCCUUUGACUGGAGUGGAUAUGGAACUCAUCAGGGUUAUAGCAGCAGCCGGGAGAUCACCGAGGCAGCUGUGCUGAUGUUCUACAGAUGAGAGCUCUGUGGUGUGGGACCAGGAAGCCAUCUCCAAAUCCCAGACUGUCAGAGACAGAGGAACUGGAAUUGUAAUAAGGAGGGGGAAGAAUAAAGUACAUCAAUUUGCA